GAUAUUAUUUUAUUUCAACUAAAUCAUCAAAUGUGAGGAUGAAAAGUUAAUUAUUAUUAGUUGCUCACCGUCGCGAAGCGCGAGCCAAAAAACUAGUUUGUUUUAUACUGCAAGAAAUGUAUAAAUGGCGGUAUAUAUGGUGACUUUUAUUCUGCCACCACACGCACUCCUCGUGGCACAUCGUGAAUAUCUUACACUAGCGAGGGCAUUUUCGUCAGUUCAAGUUCAAGUUCAAUCAUCAAAUGUGAGGAUGAAAAAUUAAUUAUUAUUAGUUGCUCACCGCCGCAAAGCGCGAGCCAAAAAACUAAUUUGUUUUAUACUGCAAUAAAUGUAUAAAUGGCGGUAUAUAUGGUGACUUUUUUAUCGUGCUACCACAUGCACUCCUCGUGGCACAUCGUGAAUAUCUUACACUAGCGAGGGCAUUUUGGUCGGUUCAAGUUCAUUUAUCCUUUUAAUUAUAUUUCUUUUUUGUUUCUACCACUCUCGCUCUCUCUCUAGUCCACGAGAAACUGAUUUCCCAGUUUUCCCCAAUUUCACACUUCUUCUCACUUUCAGCUUCUUUUCCUCCCAAAUCCCAAUCCAUCUCUCUCCGCUACCGAAUCCGCCUGAUCCGAUCUUUCCUCAACCCUUUAAUUUCCAUUUUCCCAUCCCACCCUUCUCUUCUCUUUCGAUCAUCUUCUCCCGAUCCUUUCCCUCCAGUGAUUGCGAUACCCAACUCUCACUCCAAUUCCCGGUAGACAAUUCAAUGCUCCACCUUUCGGGGACGCGAGUAGCUGCGAUUCCGUGUUCGAAUUCGUGACGACUUUUUGGCUACUUUCUCUGUUCUGGAGUUGGGUUCCCUAUUUGAGAGAGAUUGCGAUGAAGAUCGAGGAGCUGGACGAUCAGGAGUCCGGUCUUGGUUGUAGGGAAGAAGACAAUGGCGUUUACGAGAAGCAGAUGAUGCAGCUUCAGAUUGUUAGGGUUGACGCCAAGCGAGCCCUGGUUGGAGUUGGUGCUCGGAUUCUUUUCUACCCCACGCUUUUCUAUAAUGUGUUUCGGAACAAAAUCCAGGCUGAGUUCAGAUGGUGGGAUGAAGUUGACCAGUAUCUACUACUGGGUGCCGUCCCAUUUCCUAAGGAUGUUCCCCGGCUGAAGAAGCUUGGUGUUGGUGGAGUCAUCACCCUCAAUGAACCAUACGAGACUCUGGUUCCAUCAGCCUUGUAUCGUGUCCAUGGAAUUGAACAUCUAGUCAUUCCAACAAGGGAUUAUCUCUUUGCCCCUUCUUUUGCAGAUAUUAGUCUGGCAGUGGACUUCAUCCACAGGAAUGCAUUGUGUUGCAGAACUACCUACGUUCAUUGCAAAGCUGGACGUGGAAGGAGUACUACCAUUGUGCUCUGUUAUUUGGUAAAGUAUAAGCACAUGACGCCUGGCGUGGCCCUUGAUUACGUGAGGUCUAGAAGACCUAGAGUGUUGCUAGCUCCUACGCAGUGGAAGGCUGUUCAAGAAUACAGUAGACGCCAUUCACGCCAGUUAUCCUCUACCACGUGGUCUCCAUCAGGGGACGAAGUUCUCAUUACGAAAGCUGAUCUCGAAGGAUACCAUAGUUCCUCCGAGGAUGGUGCUACUAGUACUGGUAAGGAAUUGGCAAUUGUACCAAGAAUGAUGUCGAGGCCCAUGAUAGCCCGGUUGUCCUGCCUCUUUGCGUCUUUGAAAGUAUCGGGAGUCUCUGGGCCUGUUGCUGGGCGGAUGCCUGAGGCGCGUGCUUGCUAAAGAUUACCCGGGAUACCAAUAGGGUUGUUGUAUUGUACAGAAUAAGCCUAUCUUGUUUAUGACCAAAGAGCGAUGAGAGAAAAAAAAAGGAGGUAAUUGUGUAUAAUGCGAUGCCAAUUGCCAUAAAAGAAAGGCCGCAGCAGCAGCUGCUUGUUCAUAGCUUUGCUUUGGGUUAUCGUUUGAGCAUUUGUUGCUUGCAGAUGUGUUUUGCCUUUGCAGGUUUUUGCUGAAUGAUGGUGAUGUAGCUUCAUUUUUUCUCGCAGUUUGGAGGUACUACUGGAAAUGGUGGGGAAUUGUAACUUUAGUUAGUGUGAGUCUUGUCCCCGUUGUAUCGCUUUAGUACGAAACGAUUGGAUCGCUUGGUAGGAUUUCAUCAAUCUCCUGCACUUGCUGAGUUGCAGUUGCACUGGUCUAUUUCUGGAAUAUGGUAGGACUGUUCUUAUAAAAGGUAAAGAGGGAAGAUUCCUGGUGGGUGGUGGAAUAUGCUUAGAGGAUUAUGCCAAACUUUUGGUUUUUGCAAGGUGACACCAAAGCUUUGGAGUUAUUUGUUGUGGGAAAGGUAGUGGUUUUUAUUGGGUACCUUCACUCUCAAGUCUGUGAAAUGCUUUCGGCUGCGUUUUGUAAGUUUCAGACUGUGAUCGAUAACUACAGCAUUACGCGAUUGAAUAUUUGAUCAUCGUUUCUGCAAUGGAGAAUCAUUCAACUGUUCACCCAAAGAGGGGUUAUUACUAAUUCGUUUGGGCCUGAGACGAUGGGCUUGUGAGCGUAGAUUAGAUUCUUCACGGUUAAACCUCUUUCGUCCCUGUCGGCCCGCUAGGUGACCUGAUUAGUGAUAGAAAAUGUGGUGGUGCGGGUAUCUCAAUGCUCAUAUCCGUCAUGCACCAAAUGCGGAUCGGGUGGCUAAUUCUCGCAUGGAUAUGGAGCGGGUCAACCCACUCCUACAUUAUUAUUGAAAAAAAAUAUGCAAAAUUCUACUUUUUAAGAUAGAACACUUUAUGAAUGAAAAAUAGUGAUAAUAGAAUUGAUAAUUGAGGCUAACUAGAUGAAGAUCAAGUUUAACUUGUUGAAGAAAAGUCAAAAUAAAAGAAAUAUGAACAGAUAUUGUAAGAAAUUGAGAUAGAACAUGCCAAGAACAGGACGAGGCAGAGCGGGUCGGAAGUAGAUACCCAUGUCCCGUCCCACGCUACUGUAUGUUGGGUAACACACGGUGAGGCGUGUUCAAAUCGUCAUCACCAGACGUGAUCUGUGUUUUGAUAGUGUUUUUGUUCGCUUGGGAUUAAACAUCAAAUUAUAUGUGAUACUAAAAGUUCUGAUGUGCA